AUGUCCUGGUUUUACUAUACAAUCACCAAUGGUAUAAUUAACAGAACAGGAGAUUAUUUAAUUGACAUUGGUUCAUAUGGUCAAGAUAUUACUUUUUCAUUUGCAGAUAACAAAUCAUUUAGUUAUUAUUUUAUUCUACAAGAUACAUAUAUGAGCGAUUACUUGCGUAUUAACUAUGAAUCAUGCACAAGCAAAAUAUGGAAAAUCACAGAGCCAACUUUUAAUUUUAAAUCAACAAACACGUAUUAUAAUUAUAAAGUAAGAUUUUGUGUAGUUUCUUUUCCAAAUUACUGCGAUUCCAUAGAAUUUCUAUCCGAAUCGAACGAUCUAGCUUUCAAUUAUUCAAAUAAAAAAUAUGAAAUCAAUAAGAAUUACUGCUCAGUUUACUUAGAUCCAACAGAUGUUAGAUUGAACAUAAGCACAUCUUCGGAUGAUUACGAUUUUAAUUAUUCUUAUUAUCAACCAACAUUUCAAUACAAAGUUAUAAAUUACACAACAGACCAUCUUUAUUUCUCACCGACAUUAUACAUUUUGUUCAGAAGUAAAUCUCCGAAUACAGUUGCAACAAUCAAAAUUUCACAAAGUUUUUCUUAUGAUACAUACAGUGCUUAUGAUAAGGACAAGCUCGAAUAUCUUUGCAACCAAUCAAUUUCUUUUGGAUCCCAGCCAAAAUACAAAAUAUUCGGAAUUCAAAAGUUAUUAAUUGGCAGAAAUCAAACAAAACUUAAUUUUUAUAAGGAACAAUACGUAGUAUUUACUGAUUAUCGCAACAUUUCCGGAGAAGCAAGAACUUCAGAAGUAUCUUUAGAAAUUCUUGGAAAUACACAAUAUUCAGCAAUUUAUUUCGCUCACACAGGUACAAUUACAUUAGAAUCCUCCAGUGACGAACCUAUUCCAUGUAAUUUUGUUGUUUUUAAUUUGAAUUAUUAUGAUUGCACUUCGAUUAUCACAAAUGUAAGGUCUAAUUACAAAUUCACUUCUCAGGACACAGCUCAUACAUGUGUUGUUACUGCUUUCACAAAUGGAACAGUUCAUUUCGAAGAUGGUGAUAUUUAUGAUGUCUAUGGAAAAAUAAAUAGAGCUAAUAUUAUUGUUGAAAAACCUUUUCUAACAAUAACUAAUUCUAAACACGAUUACUUAUUUUUUUAUCAUGCUGGCGACAAAUAUAAUACAUCAUAUUUAAUCAAAGGAAAUAAUUCAACUCAUAGAUCUCUUAUCAUUUUUGAUAAUUCGUAUCAUGAAAUAAAUUCAUCAGAACCAGUUGAACAAAAAUCAGAUGAUCAUAAUUAUUCUGAUGAUGAUAGUGAUGAAGGACUAAGUGAAGGUGCUGUUUUGGAAAUUAUUAUUGGAGCAGCAGUUGGAGCAGGUCUCAUUGCUGUCGCUGCUUACUUAU